GAAUUGUCUGAUGUGGGAGGUUUGUGUUGUUUAGUCUGUGCUUUAAAUCAUGACUCCCAAUAUGGGAAUGACCUUAGAUUGUUGGUCAGUUGCCUUGAGACUCUCAGAUGGAAAUGAAGCUCUCAUUGCCAAAUAUUUUUACUGGGUUCAAUGACAAAUCACCUGAGCGUAUCCUUCCUUAACAAUUAACUUCAAUUUAGAAGACAUUUAGAGUCUUUUGGAGGACAUUUAAUAGCAAGCGAAGUGAUUUGUGGAAAGACUGUGAAUUUCAGUCUUUCAAAUGAAAGAUGAUAAUGGGAUCGAAGUCUUUCUGAUUUAUGAUUUGUGUUCCCAUUUCUCACACAGUGAAACUUCAUAUUUUUCAGGGGACUGUGGUGCUUCAGCCCGAUAGCUGAUACAACUAUUACAGGCUUGGGCUGCUUUAUGGGCCCUCAGUUAAGACUUUUAAAUACAUUUAGUAUGUAAUAGGCAAUGAUAAAAUGACAAAGCCAUUGUGAAACUAACUUUAACCAGCAAAGAGUGAGAGUGAGACUAGGGAGCUAAAUAGAGGAGGUCUUUCAUCAUUUCAGAUUGGUGUAUCAUGGAGCAAGUGUGAGAAAAAGAAUGCGGUAAUGAGCACUCAAUUGGAAAAAAAAACCCAGAAAUUAAAAAUUAAAAAAGUCUAAGCAAAAUGUUGUUUUCUUUGAAAUGCACCUAUUAGUUAGUUCAAUGCCAAGCAUUUGUAAUUGCCUUUCAGCCACAGUGGGCAGGGUUUUCAUUUGUCACAGCCAAGAGGAAACCACGGCAGUGCUUCCUAAAGCCACGGUUUGGUUCAAGGAUAAGCCUCUGUGUCCCUGAACGCUGAAUCUCAGAAGGGGUGGGGGCUUUGGGGAUGAUCGGAGAUUUCAAUCACUACAAGAAAUUCCUUGUCAGCCACAGGUUUCCCUAAAGCAGGGUGGUUUUCCCAGGCGCAUUAGUAACGUAAAGCAAGGGGAAGACACCACCAGGUUGAGCCAUCCAUUCAGAAGUCAAAAUGUUUGUGCACCCCAGACAGUGUGUCUGGCUACCCCUCGAGAGUGAGUCCAUGUUUGGACUGGGAAAACAGUUCCAUGUCCCACCCCCACUCCCCACCUGGGGAAGGCCUAUGGGUCAAUAACAAUGAGCAGGCCCCAACAGCCAGGAAGGGCCUCCUUUCUCAGUAACCGUCUCCUGAGGCUGAGUGGGAGUGUUUUUCAGCAUUCAGCUUUGAGAUAGAGCAGCUUAAACAGCUGUUCCUGUCACAGGGUAGCACAUCAGUCUGUGGGCCCAGCACAUUACUGUGCAUUUACCUUCCAGGGGAAAGAGGCCACCCACUUGGUGUUAUUGCUGUGGCUGUACUCCAGUUGUCUUUUAAUCUCCCUCCUUGGGGUAUCUAUAGGGGACUCUCCACCAGCACUGGGAGCUUGGUGCAUUCCAGAGGGUGGCCCAAACAUUUCCACAUUCCAACCAAAGAUUCUUUGACAUAAACAUCCAAGCGGGCAGUGUGUCGUGUUAGUGGAGAGGCACCAAUUAUGUAAAAGCCUGUGCUGGUCAGCAUGUGUGUAAUUAUUUAUUUCAGCUUUCUGUAAAAGGAGGGGCAUUCUAUUGUAGCCCGGCAGACAUUUGGCAGUUCCCCAGUUGUGAAAUUCUAUUGACAAAGGUGUUAAAUGAAGGGCAGGGAGACAGGGUAUGUUAGGCCCCUGCGCCUUCAUCUCUGUGACCUGGGCAUGUGUCAAGCCCAGACUGAACUGACCAGAAUGACUUUGAUUUGAUGACCAUUAAAGGUCAGGCCCAUAAUGGGAUCAGAUGUGUCAGUGGAGGGUGAAGUACAUAGCAUAAUAGAUUGAUGGUAAUUAAGUAGUCGUGUUUAAUAAGAGUCAUCAGAGGUAGAGGCAUUGUUGGAAUGAGCAGCUUGGGAAAGGAAUAAGAAGGCAUGAAGAAAGGAGGUAAUGAGUGUGUAUACAGCAACUCCCCUGAAAUACCUUUGGAAGAAAUGCCAGAUGCGGAUGGAGUAGGCAGCACUGCCUCCCGCAAUAUUCAAGAGCCACGCUCUCCAGCCACGUCCAGUGACGCAUUCACUCCGACGGAGGGCUCUCCUUACAAAGCCCCCAUCUACAUCCCUGAUGAUAUUCCCAUUCCUGCUGACUUUGAACUUCGAGAGUCAAAUAUGCCAGGAGCAGGACUAGGAAUAUGGACCAAAAGGAAGAUUGAAGUAGGUGAAAAGUUCGGGCCUUAUGUGGGAGAGCAGAGAUCAGACCUGAAAGACCCCAGUUAUGGAUGGGAGAUCUUAGAUGAGUUUUGCAAUGUGAAGUUCUGCAUUGAUGCCAGUCAACCAGAUGUAGGAAGCUGGCUCAAGUACAUCAGGUUCGCUGGCUGUUAUGAUCAGCACAACCUCGUUGCAUGCCAGAUAAAUGAUCAGAUCUUCUACAGAGUCGUGGCAGAGAUUUCGCCGGGACAGGAGCUGCUGCUGUUCAUGAAGAGUGAAGACUAUCCCCAUGAGACCAUGGCGCCGGACAUCCACGAAGAACGGCAGUAUCGCUGUGAGGACUGUGAUCAGCUCUUUGAAUCCAAGGCUGAACUAGCAGAUCACCAAAAGUUCCCAUGCAGUACGCCUCACUCUGCGUUCUCCAUGGUGGAAGAGGACUUUCAGCAGAAACUUGAAAGUGAGAAUGACCUCCGAGAGAUACAUGCCAUCCAGGAGUGUAAGGAAUGUGACCAAGUUUUUCCUGAUUUGCAAAGCCUGGAGAAACACAUGUUGUCACAUACAGAAGAGAGAGAAUACAAGUGUGAUCAGUGUCCCAAGGCAUUUAACUGGAAGUCCAAUUUAAUUCGCCACCAGAUGUCACAUGACAGUGGAAAGCACUAUGAAUGUGAAAACUGUGCCAAGCAGGUUUUCACGGACCCUAGCAACCUGCAGCGGCACAUUCGCUCCCAGCAUGUCGGCGCCCGGGCCCACGCGUGCCCGGAGUGUGGCAAAACCUUUGCCACGUCGUCAGGCCUCAAACAACACAAGCACAUCCACAGCAGUGUGAAGCCGUUCAUCUGUGAGGUCUGCCAUAAAUCCUAUACUCAGUUUUCAAACCUUUGUCGACAUAAGCGCAUGCAUGCUGAUUGCAGAACCCAAAUCAAGUGCAAAGACUGUGGACAAAUGUUCAGCACUACGUCUUCCUUAAAUAAACACAGGAGGUUUUGUGAGGGCAAGAACCAUUUUGCGGCAGGUGGAUUUUUUGGCCAAGGCAUUUCACUUCCUGGAACCCCAGCUAUGGAUAAAACGUCCAUGGUUAAUAUGAGUCAUGCCAACCCGGGCCUUGCUGACUAUUUUGGCGCCAAUAGGCAUCCUGCUGGUCUUACCUUUCCAACAGCUCCUGGAUUUUCUUUUAGCUUCCCUGGUCUGUUUCCUUCCGGCUUGUACCACAGGCCUCCUUUGAUACCUGCUAGUUCUCCUGUUAAAGGACUAUCAAGUACUGAACAGACAAACAAAAGUCAAAGUCCCCUCAUGACACAUCCUCAGAUACUGCCAGCUACACAGGAUAUUUUGAAGGCACUCUCUAAACACCCACCUGUAGGGGACAAUAAGCCAGUGGAGCUCCAGGCCGAGAGGUCCUCUGAAGAGAGGCCCCUUGAGAAAAUCAGUGACCAGUCAGAGAGUAGUGACCUUGAUGAUGUCAGUACACCAAGUGGCAGUGACCUGGAAACCACCUCGGGCUCUGAUCUGGAAAGUGACAUUGAAAGUGAUAAAGAAAAAUUUAAAGAAAAUGGUAAAAUGUUCAAAGACAAAGUAAGCCCUCUGCAGAAUCUGGCUUCAAUAAAUAAUAAGAAAGAAUACAGCAAUCAUUCCAUUUUCUCACCAUCUUUAGAGGAGCAAACUGCGGUGUCAGGAGCUGUGAAUGAUUCUAUAAAGGCUAUUGCUUCUAUUGCUGAAAAAUACUUUGGUUCAACAGGACUGGUGGGGCUGCAAGACAAAAAAGUUGGAGCUUUACCUUACCCUUCCAUGUUUCCCCUCCCAUUUUUUCCAGCAUUCUCUCAAUCAAUGUACCCAUUUCCUGAUAGAGACUUGAGAUCGUUACCUUUGAAAAUGGAACCCCAAUCACCAAAUGAAGUAAAGAAACUGCAGAAGGGCAGCUCUGAGUCCCCCUUUGAUCUCACCACUAAACGAAAGGAUGAGAAGCCCUUGACUCCAGUCCCUUCCAAGCCUCCAGCCACGCCUGCCACAAGCCAAGACCAGCCCCUGGAUCUAAGUAUGGGCAGUAGGAGUAGAGCCAGUGGGACGAAGCUAACUGAGCCUCGGAAAAACCAUGUGUUUGGGGAAAAGAAAGGCAACAAUGUUGAAUCAAGACCAGCUUCAGAUGGUUCCUUGCAACAUGCCAGGCCCACUCCUUUCUUUAUGGACCCUAUUUACAGAGUAGAGAAAAGAAAACUAACUGACCCACUUGAAGCUUUAAAAGAGAAAUACUUGAGACCUUCUCCAGGAUUCUUGUUUCACCCACAAUUCCAACUGCCUGAUCAGAGAACUUGGAUGUCGGCUAUUGAGAACAUGGCAGAAAAGCUAGAGAGCUUCAGUGCCCUGAAGCCCGAGGCCAGCGAGCUUCUGCAGUCGGUGCCCUCCAUGUUCAACUUCAGAGCACCUCCCAACGCCCUGCCAGAGAACCUCCUGCGGAAGGGAAAGGAGCGCUACACCUGCAGAUACUGUGGCAAGAUUUUUCCAAGGUCUGCAAACCUCACCCGGCACUUGAGAACCCACACAGGGGAGCAGCCUUACAGAUGCAAAUACUGUGACAGAUCAUUUAGCAUAUCCUCUAACCUGCAGCGGCAUGUGCGCAACAUCCACAACAAGGAGAAGCCGUUUAAGUGUCACUUAUGUGAUAGGUGCUUUGGUCAACAAACCAAUUUAGACAGACACCUAAAGAAGCAUGAGAAUGGAAACAUGUCCGGUACAGCCACAUCCUCACCUCACUCUGAACUGGAAAGUACAGGGGCAAUUCUGGAUGAUAAAGAAGAUGCCUACUUCACAGAAAUUCGGAAUUUCAUCGGGAACAGCAACCACAGCAGCCAGUCUCCCAGGAAUGCAGAGGAGAGAAUGAAUGGCAGUCACUUUAAGGAUGAGAAGGCUUUGGUGACCAGUCAAAAUUCAGAUUUACUGGAUGAUGAAGAGGUAGAAGAUGAGGUGUUGCUAGAUGAAGAGGAUGAAGACAAUGAUAUUACUGGGAAACCAGGAAAGGAAGCAGGGACAAGUAAUUUGCAUGAAGGAAACCCUGAAGAUGACUAUGAAGAAACCAGUGCCCUCGAGAUGAGUUGUAAGACCUCUCCAGUGAGGUAUAAAGAGGAAGAAUAUAAAACUGGACUUUCUGCUCUAGAUCAUAUAAGGCACUUCACAGAUAGCCUCAAAAUGAGGAAAAUGGAAGAUAAUCAAUAUGCUGAAGCUGAGCUGUCUUCUUUUAGUACUGCCCAUGUGCCAGAGGAACUUAAACAGCCGUUACACAGAAAGUCCAAAUCACAGGCAUAUGCUAUGAUGUUGUCAUUGUCCGACAAGGAGUCCCUCCAUUCUACAUCCCACAGUUCUUCCAAUGUGUGGCACAGCAUGGCAAGGGCGGCGGCAGAAUCCAGUGCCAUCCAGUCCAUAAGCCACGUAUGACGUUAUCAAGGUUGACCAGAGUGGGACCAAGUCCAACAGUAGCAUGGCUCUUUCAUAUAGGACUAUUUACAAGACUGCUGAGCAGAAUGCCUUAUAAACCUGAAGGGUCACUCAUUUAAAGUCUGGUGACCUUAAACUGAAUGAUUAAAAAAAUAAAGAAAAAAGGAAACUAUUUAUUCUCGAUAUUUUGUUUUGCACAGCAAAGGCAGCUGCUGACUUCUGGAGGAUCAAUGUGACUUCAUGUGAUUCAAUGAAAAUGGAAAACUCGCUGGGCAGGAAGCGUCUUCCAGUUCACCCUGCCCUAGCGUGUGGGUGGGUGAGAGGGGCAGUGGAGAUGGCAGCAUUGAUAGGAAUGAACACUCCUUAGGAAUGGAAUUCUUUUUUUGUACAAGAUAACCUGACAUGAUUGGGAACAGUUGCUUUUAAUUACAGAUGAAUUUUUUUCUUUGUUAAAGUUUUAUGUAAUUUAACCCUUUGAAGAUGGAAGUAGUAGACGGAUGAAAUGCACAGUCAAUUAUUAUAGAAACUGAUAACAGGGAGUACUUGUUCCCCUCCUUAACUUUUGCCUUCGUAAGUACAUUGUUUAAAACUAGGGAAGAAAAGGGUAUGUGUAUAUUGUAAACUAUGGAUGCUUAUGCUCAAAGAGGUGAAGUCAGUGAAGUAACCUGUUUAUCACCAGACCACUGUACCACUAAUAAAAUGUUUGCCAAAUCCUUGUAAUAACAUCUUAAUUUUAGACAAUCAUGUCACUGUUUUUUAAUGUUUAAUUUUUUGGUUGCGUGUAUCAUGUAUUUAUUUGUUGGCAAACUAUUGUUUGUUGAUUCAGAUAGCACUGUUCCAGUCAGCCACUACUCUAUGACGUCUGAGGCACACCCUUUCAGAAUUCCCAGGACCAAGGUGACUCGACCUGUGUAUGGGAGUGCCAAUGGUGUUUGGCUUUUCUUAACAUUCCUUUUUUGUUGUUUUGUUUUCUUUCUUAAUGAACUAAAUACGAAUAGAGGCAACUUAGUUUUUGUAAUACUGAAAUUGAUUCAAUUGUGUAAAUGAUUAUAAUUUCUUUCAUGAAAGCAUGAUUCUUCUAAUGAAAAACUGUCCCCCAUAUUUUAUGCUGGUCGCCUGCAAGCUUGUGCGAUGUUAUGUUCAUGUUAAUCCUAUUUGUAAAAUGAAGUGUUCCCGACCUUAUGUUAAAAGAGAGAAGUAAAUAACAGACUGUAUUCAGUUUUUUUUUUUUUUUGCCCUUUAUUGAGAAACCAGAUUUGUUUUCUUUUUGUUUGUAAUCUCAUUUUGAAAUAAUCAGCAAGUUGAGGUACUUUCUUCAAAUGCUUUGUACAAUAUAAACUGUUAUGCCUUUCAGUGCAUUACUAUGGGAGGAGCAACUAAAAAAUAAAGACUUACAAAAAUGA